ACCUCACAAAUAAACCUCUCUCUUUCUCCACCUCAGAACCCUUCCUCUCUGGACUGGUCCAUUCAGAGCACCCUGUCGUCUCUUUUCCCUCCGUUUGAGGCUACCGCUCCUACUGUUCUCAGCCAACUCUUUCGCACCAUUGAGGAACGUUACCAUGGAGAUGCACUGCAGUGCCUGCUGAACUUCCUUAUCCCAGCCAAACAUAUCCUAGAGAGUGUGCAACAAGCAGCCUGUGCUGCAUACUCCGAUGUGCUGUUCCGGUGUGAGGGUUGGCCAUUGUGCCUGAGAGAUCGUGUGGUGAUCCAACUUGCCCCUAUCAACCCUUUACUGCUCCGACCUGGAGAUUUCUACUUGCAGGUGGAACCUUUUGGAGAACAGUCAGCCCGAAUCGUCCUCAAAAGUCUUCUUGUGCAGGAAGACCUCCUGGGGCAUGAGAAUCUGGUGCUGCAAGCCGGUUCCAGGUUGCUGGAGGGUACUGCAAUUGAGGGGACUCCCAUUCCUGAGACAUCUUAUCCAUGCAUAUUCACGGAGUCUUGGCUAAGGGAAAUAAAUGAGGGACGUCAUGGAAAUCCUCUAUGUCAGUGUGUGCUUUCCUCUGACCAGGGGGUUGUGAAGGUACCCUGGACCGAAGUUGCCAACCCAGAAUUCCUUGACAGGCCCAAAUCUAACAUCUGGCCUGAAACAAAGCCAUGCUCAACUCCAACUCUCCGUGUGAAAGAUCUUAAAACUGAGAUUUCGAAGAACGAGUCACAGGUACCUAUAGGCCUUUUACCACUUGAUAUGGAAACUAGGAUCCUUCCAGCAAAUGAUGGGAUGGCGGUUUCUGUUCAGCUAGUGGACGGUGGCAGCAGAUUGGUGAAGGUUGACCAAGGACAUCCAAUAAGCAGUUUUGCUGGAAAACCUGUUGGCUGGGUAUCUCCUAAUACCUGGGACAGCAGGCACAACCGAGAGCUGGAAGGAGAAUAUGUGGAUCUUUUAGAGUUCAGCAAGGAGAAAGAGACUUUAGUCCUCAACAAAAUAGCAAUGCCCACAAAACCACUGGGCUUCAAGUUAGUCAGGACGACUAAACCUGCCCCAAAAAGUAAUGUUAACAUGUGUGAAGAGGACUGCAAUCCUUGUAUGCAAAACAAACCACCUGAGAGCAUGCAAAACGAUCCAGAAUCCAAAUGCAGGUAUCGGCAGUCUUACAUGGCAGCUCUCCGAAACCCUGUGAAUUUUGAGAGAAAAAGUAUGCUACGUUCCCUAGAUGUAACAAGGACAGAUGUAGGGGAGGUUGAGCCAAGCUGUGAGGGAUACGGAGUUGGCCUUAGACUUAAGCCUUCGAGUUGUACAUUUGGCCAGACACCAAACCAAGCAGACAGAAACCCGAUGCAAUCCUUUGAGAACUCAGUCCAACAAAAGCAAAGCCCAAAGAACUCAAGUCAGAGCAUACCUCAUGACUGUAGUUCAAGGGAGAAUGCAGAGUCUUCUGACCAACAUAUGACCCAACAGCUCCUUAGCAUGGUCCAAGCAAGACAACAACACAAGUCAUUCCUCACUGGGCAACAGGAUCUUCAUCAGACUGUACUAGGAACUAAGGCACUACCUAACAAAAGGCAGCACUGUUUGAACAACUCUUUUAGACAAGAUUCAUUUCAAAUGCGGACUAGCGGCCAGAAACACGCCAAAACCCAACAGUUACCCAAAAUGGGACUCAGGGCUUUACCUGACCACAGUGGUCACAGACAAGAUGCUAAUCUAUGUUUGCAGGGUUUCAAUCCAAUUCAGCUAACACAGGCCUCCAAACAAACACCUCCUCUAUUUCAGCCCCAGUUCAGUCAGAUCCUGUUCCAAAAUGAGAACAGGCCUUUGGAUUUCAAAGUCUUCUGUGAUGACAGACACAGUGGAAGAGGCUCAGGUUCACCUGUACAGGUGAUCAAAGGUAAAAACAGGUCUAAAUCCCGCUCAUCCUCUUCAGUCUCGGAAACAACCAAAGAGUGUCUGCAAUCGCACAAGCCAACCAACAGAAGCCGCAGUGAUGUCUAUCCAGAAAUCAUUCCCAUGUUGCCUGCUAUCCAGGGAAUAAAACACACAGCUAAUUUGGUGUCCCCAAAAUUAAACAGACGACAAGAAGCAAGAAAGGGUUUAUGUUGUUCACAGAUCCAAAAAUGGUGUGAUGCAGAGGAGCAGUCAUGGCAGAAAGACAAAGAUGACACAGAGAAAACUCUGCUGAAAAUAGAGCAGAGACUACAAGAUGUUCAGUCUGUUCUUAUACGAGCAAAGGAGAAAAAAGAAAAAGGGACGUUGUUGAUAAAGGAAGUGGAGAGAAAAAGCAAAGGAAUACAUUACCCUGAAACCGAGGCUUUUGGUUGCAAAGCCACCACUUUCAAAACCAGCGUGACCGGGUUUCUCUUGAAAGCUGAGGAGCGUAAAUCUGAGCUGGAGACGUCUGUCGAUCUCUAUCGUUUCUGUGAAGAGGACAAGAGCUCGGCGCUGCUGGAGAGGCACCCGGAUGAGAUAUGGAUGUGGAAUGCGGUCUGGGCUCAAUGUCGAGACAUCAGACAGCGGCUCACCGAGAUACUGCAGGCCUCUUAUAGUAAUCAAGCGCCUCUGGGAUCGCCACAAAAGGACAGCGCGGCGGCCCGCUUGAAAGGGCCGACCCCGAGCGUAAUUACAACUAGCCUUGGAGAAAAUGAACAAACAAACCCUGCUGGCGGUCGUACUGAGACUCGAAAUAGUCUUGUUGGACAAGGUGAUAAUGAGACAGUGACGCAUUUCCACCUUCACUGUGAGCCUGUGACGAGAGAAACAUCACCGUCUUCAAACUCUGACCCGAUAAUGACCCAAAACACGCAGAAGGAACUGAAUCUUCAACAGCCAAAAGAGGAAGGAAGAGGUCAACACUUCCACCAAAGCAGAAGCAAAGUUUUCACAUCACACAAUGGACCGACGAUGCAAUUAAGGACGUGUCUUCGCAUAUACUCUCACAGCGACAGUGAUCUGAGAAAGCCAGGCCGGGUCACUGAGGUCAACCACUCGCCACAUUAUACAGCCCUGGUCCGCUCUCGAAGCGAAGGCUCUUGUCUGCCAAUCACCAACUAUCAUGUUUCUGUUUGCAAAACUGCAGUCAAGCACAAAGUCCAGAUGUGUGCAGCUUCCGGUCAAGAGAGCGACUCAAGCAGAGCAUCAUGGGAUGGACAGAGCUCUAAACUGUCUCACCAGGACAGCUUCUGUUCCAGCGCUUCUGGACUGAGCCAAAGCGACGUCAAUGAGAAGUUCAGCAGUGACACCAAAUCUGACGAGCAGAGCUUGAUUUCACCAGCGACACGCUCAGAUCUUCCAGUCCAAAUGCAGGACGAGCGCAUGCUGGAUCACAGCAGGUCACAUAUAUUAUUAAUAGCCCCAGCUUGUUUGUUUGCUGAUCUCCACGCAGAGAUCCGUAUGCAGGAGAGGGUGUUCAUGGGAAUCGGUCAUAAACCCUUCAUGGAUAUCCAGCCCAGUGAGAUGGCCAUCAAUGACCGAGCCGUCAACUGCUCUCCCACAGGACGAGGUGGGAUUCCUGUCCUCCGGCUGAAUUCUGUCGGCUCGGCCAGCUAUACGUCAUCCUCUGGAAGCCAUUCGUCCUCCUCUGGGUGGGGAUCCACGUCUCCUGUGGGUCAUCUGAUCAGCCCUAGUGGAGGAGAUGUUGUCCGGUACGUCCACGGGACCUCAGGGAUCCUGGAGGAAGAUGAUUUAGACCAG